GCCUCCUUACUGGAGGGAUUCCGGGAGAAGCUGCAGUGUGGGGAUGCUCUAGACCGAGUCCUGCCCCCAGUGUCUUUCCACCUCCUCCUGCAGCCACGGCAGCAGCGAGCAGCACCAGCAACUUAAGGCUGCACCCGGGGCAAGCCCCCAGGGUGGUGCUUAGCUAAGAGGGGGGCCCCAGUGCCCCGAAGGGGUGUGUGUAGGGUUGGGGCGCCAGCUGUAACCAGCUGGUGGUCCUGGAAAACCUCCCACACACCCACACCCACACACCCCUUUUUGUGUUGCAGGCUGCCCCUCUCAAGCGGAGGCAGCGAGAGUAGCGAGAGCUUCGCGCAGGUCCCCGCGGAGAGAGAGAGAGAGAGAGAGCUCAGAGAACCGAAAGCCGGCACCACCUCCUGGUCCUCCGUCCAGAUAUAAAAAAGAAUUCCGAGAGAAAACAAAGAACAAAACACUCCAGAAUUCCUAUCAGAACAUUUCCCCUGAACCUAAAAUGGUGAGCGAGAGUCACCAUGAGGCGCUGGCAGCCCCUCCAGCCACCACUGUUGCCACCGUUCUGCCACAUAACGCCACAGAGCCGGCCAGUCCUGGGGAAGGGAAGGAAGACGCCUUUUCUAAACUGAAGGAGAAGUUUAUGAAUGAGCUGCAUAAAAUUCCAUUGCCACCGUGGGCCUUAAUUGCCAUAGCCAUAGUUGCAGUCCUUUUAGUCCUGACCUGCUGCUUUUGUAUCUGUAAGAAAUGUUUGUUCAAAAAGAAAAACAAGAAGAAGGGAAAGGAAAAGGGAGGAAAGAAUGCCAUUAACAUGAAAGAUGUGAAAGACUUAGGGAAGACCAUGAAAGAUCAGGCCCUGAAGGAUGAUGAUGCUGAAACUGGAUUGACUGACGGGGAAGAAAAAGAAGAACCCAAAGAGGAGGAGAAACUGGGAAAGCUUCAGUAUUCCCUGGAUUACGAUUUCCAGAAUAACCAGCUGCUGGUAGGGAUCAUCCAGGCUGCUGAACUCCCUGCCUUGGACAUGGGGGGAACAUCUGAUCCUUAUGUGAAAGUGUUUCUGCUUCCUGAUAAGAAGAAGAAAUUUGAGACAAAAGUCCACCGAAAAACCCUUAAUCCUGUCUUCAAUGAGCAAUUUACUUUCAAGGUGCCGUACUCGGAACUGGGUGGCAAAACUCUGGUGAUGGCCGUAUAUGACUUUGACCGUUUCUCCAAGCACGACAUUAUCGGAGAAUUCAAAGUCCCCAUGAACACUGUGGAUUUUGGUCACGUAACAGAGGAAUGGCGUGAUCUGCAAAGUGCUGAGAAGGAAGAGCAAGAGAAGUUGGGCGACAUCUGCUUCUCCCUCCGCUACGUUCCUACUGCUGGGAAGCUGACAGUUGUCAUUCUGGAGGCAAAGAACCUGAAGAAGAUGGAUGUGGGUGGCUUAUCUGAUCCUUAUGUGAAGAUCCAUCUGAUGCAGAACGGCAAGAGGCUGAAGAAGAAAAAGACCACAAUUAAGAAGAACACACUUAACCCCUACUACAAUGAGUCGUUCAGCUUUGAAGUACCUUUCGAGCAAAUCCAGAAAGUGCAAGUGGUGGUAACUGUUUUGGACUAUGACAAGAUUGGCAAGAACGAUGCCAUCGGCAAAGUCUUUGUGGGCUACAACAGCACCGGCGCGGAGCUGCGGCACUGGUCAGACAUGCUGGCCAACCCCAGGCGACCCAUCGCCCAGUGGCACACCCUGCAGGUAGAGGAGGAAGUCGAUGCCAUGCUGGCCGUCAAGAAGUAAAGGGAAAAAGAAGCCUUUCUGCAUUUGCCCACAUAGUGCUCUUUAGCCAGUAUCUGUAAAUACCUCAGUAAUAUGGGUCCUUUCAUUUCUCCAGCCAUGCAUUCUUAACACAAUUCAGUGGUACUUCAAAUCCUGUUUUAAUUUGCACAGAUUUAAGUGUAGAGAGCCCCUAUGCCCUUCAUCAUACCACUGCCCUCCAAAUCUACUCUUCUUUUAAGCAAUAUGAUGUGUAGAUAGAGCAUGACCAAAAUUAUUUAUUGUAUCUCACCAUUGUAUAUAUCAGUAUGCUAAAGAUUUAUUUCUAGUUUGUGUAUUUGUAUGUUGUAAGCGUUUCCUAAUCUGUGUAUAUCUAGAUGUUUUUAAUAAGAUGUUCUAUUUUAAACUAUGUAAAUUGACUGAGAUAUAGGAGAGCUGAUAAUAUAUUAUAUGGUAAAUAUAGUAUCAUCUGCAUUCCAGCAAAAAUAUCAACUUGCAAGGCACUAGUACGGUUAAACAGACAUCUUAAAGGACAAUUUAAAUCUGAGCUUUCUAUUGAAUCACUUGAGUACCAAGAUAUGCUUACACCACAUAUUUUGUGGGUGAAUCCAAUUUUGUAGAAUUCUCUCACAGGCAAAACAGCAUGAUCUGAGCAGCAUCAAAGCUGACCUCAAGGAAGCAUAGCCACAAACCAGAACAGCAUCUGUGUGUGCAAACCUGCAAAGCUAAGCUCACGAUCUCACUCUUGCAUUUGAGGAAGCAACUGAACAGGAGUCAAUGAAUUCAGACUAUUAUAUACAAAGUAACAACACGAUGGUGUUCCAUGGUGUGCACAUGUGCAUGAGUGUAUGCGUGCGUGUGUAUGCAUGUUGUUUGCAUUGGUUUGUUUGGGGAUGGGGUGGGGGAGGAGGAGCAGAGGGCAGAAGUCAGCAUUUCUGAAAUACUGCCUGACUAUUUAAAAAGGAAAAAAAAAGCUCUCCGUUAUCACCUUUAUACAAAAUGUGUAUCCUGUGAAUUCUGUUCCAGAUUUCACAUCCAUACAAUUCCAAAAGGUUUGCACAGUAGACUUUGUAACAAAAUAUUUUAUUAUACAAAACCAGAUAGAAGGAAUGCAGAAUAUUUUUAACACAGCAAUCUGUGCUUAUACACAAAAUUACUUUGUGGUAAACAGACAGUAUUGUAAUCCCAUCACAAGAUGAAGAAAAAAAAAAUAAAAUCAAUUAGCCAUAGUUCUGAAUGCACUUCAAUUAAGCCAAAACAGACAGCUGGUGAUCUUUUUUAUAUGCUCUUUUUACUUAAAUAAGUUUUAAUUUGUCCUUUAAACAAAGGUGAAACAAAACUAAGAACAAGUUCUAGAAAACUGAAGCAACCUCUUAUGUACACUAGAUGCUCGAGUGAGGAGGAGUUUUUAAAUGUUUUCAAUGUUAUUAUGUAGUAACUGGCACUAUUACAAAGCUACUAGUCAUUCCAUAAGUCUUAAAGGACUGCUCUGUGUAACACUGUGACUGCCGUGUGUGCUUAGACACGUAGUUUCCUCAGUGGAUAGCACUCAGUUUAUUACGUAGUGAUAUUGUAACAAUACUGCCAUUCCCUUCUACUGCACUGCCCAAGGUGUGUGUAGCACAAACAGUUCUUAUUACAAAGGACCAAUUCAGAACUGAAGAGCUAUGCAUAGAACAAGAAAGACGCAUAGACUGGGGUGGAACACACAGCAUUUUGUCAAGCACUGUGCAAUACUCCAUAUUUUCCCCAUUAUGUAGACAACCACUUUGCAGAAGGGUAGCCUGUUAUCUCACACUGCUUCUAGUCUUUUCUCCCGCUGGCUUCUGUGACUCAUUUUAACUUCUAGGCCACAGAGAGGACGGAUGCUCUGACAUGAGCACGUACCUUCACAUAUAGCAAGAUACAGUGGAGGAAAACGAAGCAUUGGCUUCAUGUUCUGUCUUUAGGACAACACUCCAUGUUUAAAAGAAAAACUCGAGAAUUCAAAAAGGGCUGAUGGUAGACUUUAAACAUGGGGUUGGCUGUUUCCCAGUAAAACUAAAGUAUCUGUCAUUAUUCUUUCCUCAUCAAGGAAGAGGCAAGCCCUUUCACCUGCAACCCCAUCCUAGCAAAGUCUUAGAAAUGGAGUAGACACAAGGGCAAAGGGAGAGUAACAUCUCUUUUUGAUGAUGGUCCAUACUUUUUAAAAAACAGAGGUAAUAGAAAAUGUUCAAGUUAUACUGGAGAUUAACCAUGGAUUUGAAUACAAAAUUCAGAGGAGAAUGUUUGCAAUUUCAAGAACCAAACUACCAAAGAGAGAGAGUUGACUUUUUCCUUAAAUACCAAGAACUGACAUUUAAUUUCACUGUCUUCAGCUUUAAAUUGUUCACAAUGAAACAACACUUUCAAGCAAGCAGGUUCAAGCUGUGGAACAGACAUUAUUUCUUGCAUUACAGUACCACUAACACAUCCUCUUGCAACACUGCCAACAUGAGAUUGUCACCAUUAAAUUAGUGGAUUCUAUGUCAUCUUUCACAAGCUGGUGACCGAACCUGCUUUAUGACCAAGUUUCAUCCUCAGAUAAGCCACAUGUACCUUCUGACAAAGCUGUGUAAAGUAUUAGACUCUGAUGCCCUAGAAAGAUCCUAGUUGCCUUUGUGUAUAUUUACUGCCUGCUUGAGUGUUUCUAUGUGUGGGUUUCCUCUGUGUCUUGUAGAAAUGUUGGGGUGUCUUCUUCUGCCAUAAGGCUCGUGGCCCGCGAGCCAACUACUUUAGCUGUAUUUUACCUUCAUUUUUUGAUGAGGUGGUUUAAAGUUUGUUUUACUUUGUGUAGUGAAUUCCACAGUAGUUUUCUGAUUGUUGUUAAAAAUGACUUAACAUAUUACACUGAUAUUCAAUAAAAAUGUUUUAUUUCCUGUUGA